UAUUCCUUUAUUCGCACACCCAUCAUCUCUCCUCGCAAAAACACAGACCGGGCAAAUGAAAAUACAGGGCAAAAUAUUCAGUCUCAUCGUUGGAGUGUACGCUGUUGAUAAGGGCUCUGAACAACAUGGAGAAAUAUAAUGUCCCUGCAAUAUGGCAUAAUCCUUUCACCAGUGUGCAUUUCUUUCCGAAAAAUGAAUUAAUCGGCGUUAUCUGCAGAAAGAAAUAACGGUAUCCGGCAACUAACUUGCUCCUUUUUAUAUGGAAAUUAUGAUCAAACUAACUGUAUUUCACACAGACGACACCUUUAUGGCUGAAACUGACAGUUCUUCCGAAAUAGACAGUCAGCUGAAGUGAAUACAACAAAGAUGAAUCCCUUUUAGAGGAGCCCCCCUGGCUUGCAUAGGAACAAGGCGAUUUUUGUGAAUUGAAAUCCAGGAGGGUUCAGCGGCGCGGAGAGGUGACGUUGACCGGAUGCGUGUAGCGGAGCGUGCCGUGUGGCUUUGACCAUGAGCCGGCUGAUGUUGGGCCGGACCCUGGAGCGGAUCUGCAAGGCUGUGCUGUUGCUCUGCCUGGUGCACUUUAUCAUCAUGAUGAUCCUCUACUUCGAUGUCUACAGCCAGCGUUUCGACAUCUUCAGCCGCUUUAACAAUGGCCGUGGAGUGAACAGCUCACGAGGACCCCACCACUACUACUAUAACUUCACCAGUGGAAGGCCCAACACUACCUUUGCAAGUUACCUGGCCACAGCUGACCAUCUUCUGCCCAGCACCAAUCCAGAGGCAAACCACACUCCACCAACCCCUAAGCCAUUACCACCAUGUCCGGAGGUGCCUCCUGGUCUGGUGGGGCGUCUCCUCAUUGAAUUCAGCUCCCAGAUAACCCUCGAGCGAGUACAGAGAGAGAACCCUAAUGUGACAGAAGGGGGGAAAUACACUCCUCCGGACUGUCGGCCCAAACAAAAGGUGGCCAUAAUCAUCCCAUUCAGGCACAGAGACAACCACCUGAAAUACUGGCUUCACUACCUGCACCCAGUCCUGCGCAGACAGAAGACUGAUUAUGGGAUCUAUAUCAUCAACCAGCUUGGUGAGGAAACCUUUAAUCGGGCCAAGCUACUUAAUGUUGGCUACACGGAGGCUCUGAAAGAUGCAGAAUACGACUGCUUCAUUUUCAGUGAUGUGGACCUAAUCCCUAUGGACGACCGGAACCUCUACCACUGUUACGACCAGCCCCGUCACUUCGCCAUUGCCAUGGACAAAUUCGGCUUCAGGCUGCCCUAUGCAGGGUACUUUGGAGGGGUGUCCGGCCUUAGCAGAAAACAGUUCCUCAAAAUCAAUGGCUUCCCAAAUGAGUAUUGGGGCUGGGGAGGUGAAGAUGACGACAUAUACAACAGAAUCACACUAAAUGGAAUGAAAGUGUCUCGGCCUGACGUGAGAAUCGGCCGCUACAGGAUGAUCAAGCAUGAGAGAGACAAGCACAAUGAGCCAAACCCCCAGAGGUUCAGUAAGAUCCAGAACACCAAGAACACCAUGAGGAAAGAUGGGAUCAGCUCACUGAUGUACAGAGUGGUGUCAGUGAAGAAGUAUCCGCUCUAUACCAACAUUUCCGUAGAAAUCGGCAAGCCUCCUCCCAGACCCUUCAAAGGAUAGAAAGCUACCAGGUCUUGACCGAGAGGCCAUGACCUUGCUAAAGUUCAGCACACACACGCACACACAACACAAACUCUGCCCAGGGUCAUCUUCCUAUGAUGCAGCAGUGAUAUGCUGGAUAGUUCUCAGGAAUACAUGGAAGCUUGUUGUGGAUUCUUAUCCUGAUCCAGAUCGAGAUGUGCACGCGGUGUCUGGAAGGACAGAAACAUCAUCGUUAUACCCCAAAGGCUGUUUUUUCAGACCUUGAGGAUCAAUACAAGCUUUUAGGCUGUUAGCAGGAGGACUGUUCAGGUGAGGUGAGUAACAUCUGACGAUGAUCUACAAAGAACUGCUUGGUCACUUGAUGUAAGUCCGUCAGAACAUACUGUACAUUUCAAAAGCGAAUGUGUCUUUGUACCUGCGAUGCUUGCAGUGUUCAAAUCUCUUCUUUCGUAUCACAGAUGUUGGUGGAUCAUGUGAGGUUGAUAAAUUGGUGCUUGAAGUUGGCUCUUUGGAUUAUCUCUAUCUCUUGCUCUCUCUUUUAUUUUGAAUCGUCUCUCGGGAUUAAGCUGAAUUUCGUCAACCAUGAAAACACUUCUCACCAUUUCUGGUCGCGGUAUUAUCAUGAGAACUCGGGGGACAAUUAUGUAAUGUGAUUAGACUGGAUCUUGACUAGUCCUACAAGCACAUGUACUGUGUCAGUCAAUAUGACCCAAGUGGAUUGUCACUGCAGAUCCUCUGGCUGCCGUGUAGAUGCCCGAAGAAAUGGCAAGAACUUUCGCUUGGAGAUAGAGGAGCUUCUGUAGAAGUUACUGAUGAUCAGACCUCUGUAUCUAACACCACCUUCUCAAAACUGACUGUGUUAUGAUGAGCCACUCUCUCUUUGUUUACUCUCAUUUGCCUCAAAGAUUCAUAUUUAGACCCGUCAUACAUCAAUGCUUUCUUUUUAAAAACUUGAAGGAUGAAGUUAGUUUUGAGUGCAUUGAUCAAAUAAUGCACAUAUCGUUCAGUCUUUGAGUCUCGCAUCUCUUCUGAGGAUCAUUUACAGAGGCUAUAUAUAAAUUCUGGUUUGAUAUUUCCAGUAUCAUAAAAUAGUCACCCAGGGUCCAAAAUCAACCUUUUUUCCAACCUGCCAAUUUGAGUUAAUUUAGAAAAUUUACAGACCACAAUUAUGUCUUUCUGGCCAGGAAUUAAUAUUGGCAUUGGCGGGGGGAUUUUUUCUUCAUAUUUGUGAGAGCACAGAUCAUUAGAAGCUGAAUUCAGCCUUUGUUGAUUUGUAAAAAGUCCUAUUUUACUUUUUUCAUACUUUAUUUUUUCAUACUUUAUUUUAUGUCAAGGGCAAGGCCUAUAUCUUAAAGUGUAGGGUUUUAGAAGAUUUUUUUUAUUCAAGAAAUUAAUUCUUUAAAUUCAGUAUUGUUUUUUUAGUACCAAAUCAGCAUACUAGAGUGAUUUCUGAAGGAUUUCUUGAUACUGAAGAAAGACUGUCUUUGCUGCUAAAAAUUCUAAUUAAUUUCUCAACAUUGCUGUUUAACUGUAUUUUUAAUCAAAUACAUGCUGUCUUGGUGAGCGUUUUUAUCAAAAACAAAAGAUUUUGAUCAAAACAUAAAAACUUUUUGAAAAAUUGUUUUUGAUCAAUAAUUUAUGUGUCAAAUAAGGAGUUCGGGUGGACAAAAAACAAAUAAAACAAAAUCAUAUAUGAACAAAAGAUUGGACUAGUCUUAAAAAUGUUCAUCCAGUGUCAUCGUCCUUUUUUACUCGCAAUUGGCAUUUGGUGAAUGUUCAUUUUGGACCCCAUUACACUUUGAAAACUUGUUUUACAGUUCCGUUUUAUUUUACUGCCUGAAAACACCAAGCUGAUGCCUUCAGAUGUUUUAUGAGGGGUAAAUGUGAGGGGAGUGCUAGCUAUUUUUUUCUCUCUUAUCGGCUUUCCUGCGUAGUGUGUGGACGUUCUUUUGUGCUAUCAACGAUUCUUUCAGCCCAGCACAGAGGAAGUCAUUAAUGAGAGCCCAGACACUCUCCCUGACCUUUUUAAAAUACACAUUUCCUUUUCUUUUCUUCUCAUGCCUUUCAGUUUAGCCUCACCAACCUAUUUCAUUUCUGUGUGUGCAUUUGUACUGUCUUAACUGCUGACCCAAGCAGUCACUGUCUUACAUUGGUUUCCUCCUUAAGUAUUUCAUCACCUCUGUCUCAUUGGUGCCACUACCUGUCAGUUAAAAGUGCACCACUUCUGCCAUGCCGUGUUUGUACUGUACAUACACCAUCUAGCAAAAUAACUGCUAAAACUUACCUGACACGAUUUUGCCUUAAGCUCUUUGAAUUUCCCUGCAUUAAUAGCAUUAAAGAUUAUGUCUAUAGUUUAAUUUAAAGAAGUAUGCCCUUUCUUUGCACAUAGUCGAGUAUUCAGAACUUUUCAUUGAUUAUAUUCAGUAAUAUUUACUAUAGCUCUGUGACCUGUAUUUUAAAUGCUCAGAACAGUGUUGCAGAAUGCAUUGAAUCCUGAAACCUUUUAACUCGAAUGAGAUUUCAAGCCAAUAUCCAUAUUAAAAAGACAUUUUGCUCAUCCCGAAAUAUCUUGGCAAAUGAAAAGGAAUCGGUUUGAGUCGGAGCGAGAUGAGAUUAUUUCUUUUUUUUUGGUUCUUGUAUCAAGGCACGUAUUAAAUUGAAGGAGAGAAAAAAAAAUAGUGCUUCUCAUUUACAUUAUCGUAAUUGUUUUAAAAAAUGGAAUCAAGCAGUCCAUAUGGUGAAAAGGGUCCAACAUAUUGGAGAGACACAUAUCAGGCCUGACACAUCAGAUACUUUCGAAUGUAUAGCCAUUUUUUGGGAAACUUUUUAUUUUUAUACCUCUCAAUUUAAAGGUGUACUCAGUCAUUUUUGUUGGUUGCAUUGAUUGUAAUGGAUCAUCAUAGAUUUACCACGUUUAUUUCACAAGUGAAAUUGUUCACUUGUUAGCUAUAUACUGUUCAAAAAAUGUUUUUCUCAUUUUCUUUUAAGAAAUUGAUACUAUCAUUGAGCUAGAAGGAAUUCAAGUAGGAGAAAACCGUAACUUUAAAACAAACACCGAUCACCAUAAUGG